AUGAGUGGGAAGUUAGUCCUGAAAAAGAAAGUGCGUGGAGCUCAUAGAGGGGCAGCAACGAAGUUGAUUAGAAAGGUAAAUGAGAUCUUGGAUCUUGAAGAACACAGCGAAGAUGAGAAGUUAGCGAUCCGCCAGCUCCGAGACAGCGCCAAAGAAAAGGCAGAGACCCUUCGCGCACUCGGCGGUGAGGUCAUCGAGUUGUCGGCGGGGAAAGAAGAUAGCGAAGAGCUCGAGGCAAUCAUAACGGAGGGCGACGAGAUGCGGGCGAGACUGCACGAGGUUAUCCACAGGAUGGAGGGGUUAAUGGCACUGUGGGAUCAACCCGCAUCCCCAGCGAUCAGCCCGGCUAGCUUGCCUAGUUCACCGGCAAGGUCUUCUACCUCUACUAAGGCGAGAGUGAGAGCAAGGCUACCUAAGCUUGAAGUGCCGAAAUUUGGUGGCAAAAUACAAGAAUGGCCGGAAUUCUGGGACUCCUUUGAGAGCGCCAUUGAUAGCAAUGAGGCGCUCGCGGACGUAGAUAAGUUCGCUUAUCUGAAGAGGUUACUGUUAGACGAGGCGAAACAGACCAUUGCUGGUUUCGCGAUGACCGCGGCAAACUACGGCGCUGCUAUCGAAAUACUUCGCAAGCGAUAUGGCAAAACCGAGGCUAUACAGCGGUCGCACAUUAACGACCUACUUAACCUGUCGCCUGUUUUUAACGAUGGGGACUUAACGAGGCUGAGGCGGUUCUACGAUGUAGCGAAGACGCAUUUCCGAGGACUAGAAGCUCUAAAUGUAAAUGAAACAAGUUAUUCGGGGAUCGUGGUACCGGCCCUGCUACAGAAGUUGCCGAACUCGUUCCGGCUCACAAUCACCCGUAGAUAUCAAAACUUCAUGUCAUGA